AUGUCAUCGGUAGAAGCCGUUCAGAAGCAAUUGUCUGAUGAGAUCACCAAAUUUGAACAGUAUCGUCAAGUAGAAGCCGUUCAGAAGCAAUUGUCUGAUGAGAUCACCAAAUUUGGUGCCCUCCAGAAGUCCUACCAAAAGACAUUGCAUUUGAGACAACAAUUGGAUUCACAGCUCAAUGAGAACAGUAUCGUCAAAGAAGAAAUGGAUUUACUGGAAGACGACGCCAAGACCUAUAAACUGGUCGGACCUCUACUCAUGAGUAUUGACCUGAAAGAAGCUAAAGAUAACGUCAACUCUAGGAUCAAAUACAUCUCCGAAGAAAUUAAAAGACACGACACAGUGAUCAGUGAAUUGUCUGAACAGCAGGAGAAACAGCGGGAAGUGGUGACCAAAUUGCAGCAACAGUUGCAACAAAUACAGCUCAAGACUCCAACUCUUAAGUAA